AUGGAAGACCAGAAAACUGGAUUGAAAGUGAAUAUGGACACGAUUAGGCGUUCUGGAAGAAUUGUAGGUAGAGAGCACGGACUGGAGGGGGGUGUGCCCAAACAGUUACGGGCAGUAUUUAUAACUUCAAGUGUCUAUAAGUAUGAGGCAUUCAGAGAAUUUCUAAAUGCACCUGUGGAGCUUGUUGUGCUAGACAUAAAAGAAAUUCAGGGAAGUAAGGAGGAGAUAAUCAUGGACAAACUUCAAAAGGUAAGCCAUCUUGUCACUGAAUCUACCAUUACCUUUAUUGACGACACCAGCAUUCACAUGAGUGGACUAGGAGGAUUCCCAGGGCAAUAUGCAAAAGACUUUCUCAAGAUUGGUGCCUCGAGGAUACUUGAGAUUGCCUCGAAGGUAGGAAGAGAAUGUUUGUACUCUACGAUUAUUGGGGUGAUGAGGAUGGAAGAGGGGAAGAUUGUGACCAAGAUAUUCACUGGGGAAGUGCGAGGAGACAUUAUCCAAAGGAGCGAAGGGGAGCCUAAGACAUUUAGUGAUAUUUUUGUUCCUAAGGAAGAGGAAUAUGAUGGAAUACCUCAUGGGAUGGAAGGAAUCAAGAUAGGAAGAUACAAAGCCGUUGAGAAGGUCAAGAGGUAUCUGGGAGAGAUUGGGGUAUAUGAACAGCUAUUUUCCAAUUAA